GCUGGGCGCAGGCAUCCCGGGAGCAGAAUGAGAGGAUGGCCGGCCUGCCGCACAUCCCGGGCCCCGAGAACCUCCGCCCCUUCACCCCCGCCUCGCUGGCUGCCAUCGAGCAGCGCAUCGCAGAGGCAGAGGCGCUCAAGGUAAAGCGGCAGCAAGUGGAGCUGCCCGAGGAAGAGGAGAUCAAGCCCAGAAGCGACCUGGAAGCCGGCAAGAACCUGCCCCUCAUCUAUGGUGACCCACCGCUGGAGCUUAUUGGGACCCCCCUGGAGGACCUAGACCCUUUCUACAAGGAUAAGAAGACAUUCAUAGUCCUCAACAAAGGGAAGUCCAUCUUCCGUUUCUCGGCAACCCCUGCCCUCUACCUGCUGGGGCCCUUCCACCCCAUCCGCAGAGGAGCCAUCAAAGUGCUUAUCCAUUCAUUAUUCAGCAUGUUCAUCAUGAUCACGAUAUUAACCAACUGCGUGUUUAUGACGCUGAGCAACCCCCCAGCGUGGUCCAAGAACGUGGAAUACACCUUCACUGGGAUAUACACCUUCGAGUCCCUCAUCAAGAUACUGUCGAGAGGCUUCUGCAUCGACAGCUUCACAUUCCUGCGUGACCCGUGGAAUUGGCUGGACUUCAUGGUCAUCUCCAUGGCCUACAUUACCGAGUUCGUGGACCUGGGGAACAUCUCUGCUCUCAGGACCUUCCGCGUCCUCCGGGCCUUGAAAACCAUUACCGUGAUACCAGGGCUGAAGACGAUCGUUGGGGCUCUGAUCCAGUCGGUGAAGAAGCUCGCAGACGUCAUGAUCCUCACCGUCUUCUGCCUGAGCGUGUUCGCCCUAAUCGGUCUCCAGCUCUUCAUGGGGAACCUCCGGCAGAAGUGCGUGCGGUGGCCCCCCCUCAAUGACACCCUGCUGGGGGACUUAGGGCUGGACAACGACAUGUUGGCCAAUGCAACACUCUACGGCAACUUCACCGAUGGCAUCGCCAGCAACUUCACCAGCAACUUCACCAGCAACAGCACCUUUGAUUUCGAGGCCUACAUCAACGAUGAAGCCAACUUCUACUUUCUGGAGGGAGCGCUUGACGCCCUGCUCUGCGGGAACAGCAGCGAUGCUGGGAAGUGCCCUGAAGGGUACCAGUGCAUGAAGGCGGGGAGGAACCCAAACUACGGCUACACCAGCUACGACACCUUCAGCUGGGCUUUCCUGGCCCUCUUCCGCCUCAUGACGCAGGACUUCUGGGAGAACCUCUUCCAGCUGACGCUGCGUGCAGCAGGGAAAACGUACAUGAUCUUCUUCGUGGUGGUUAUAUUUCUUGGUUCCUUCUACCUCAUCAACCUCAUUCUCGCAGUGGUGGCCAUGGCGUAUGCAGAACAAAAUGACGCCACGAUGCUGGAGGAGCAGCAGAAGGAGGAGGAAUUUCAGCAGCUCAUGGAGCAGCUGAAGAAGCAUCAAGAGGAGCAAGAGAAGAUG